AUGGCCAACCCUCCACGCACGCAGCAGGUGCCCCAACAUGUUACCGCGCUACUCUCUCACCUCACCUCCCGCCCGGGUGUCCAAUCCACCCUGAUUCUAUCCCGCAAAGACGGCUCUAUCAUUCAAAGCACCGGACAGCUCGCGAUCCAAGAGUCAACUGCUCGUCAGAUAUCGUUGGAUUCAUCUACAGCUGACCAGAGCCCGAUCGCUCAAUCCUCCGACUCGUCUCCUGCCUCGCCCGCUACUCCUUCCCCUACGUAUCAGCCCUCGCAAGCAGAGACUCUAGCUGCGCACAUUUUCGCAUACGUCUCCAGUGCCUCCGCCUUGGGCAUUUCGCUCUCCAAGCCUACCCAGACCAGCGAGGUUUCUGAUACGGCUUUGAACGGGUAUGGAACAUAUGGAAACGGCACAGCUCCACAAGAAGACCGAGAUGCAGACCGAGAUCGUGACGAGGACGAAGUGAAGCUGCUCCGUAUGCGCACGCGGAAACAUGAGAUUGUCGUCGUACCGGAUCGGAAGUACCUACUUUGUGUUGUGCAUGAUGCAGCACAUGCGAGUGCUGGACCCGGGGCUGCUGCUCGUACGCGAUAG